AUGGAAAAACAUCAAUAUUGUUAUAACCAAAAUCAAGUUGGUCAAAGUCAUUUUUUUACCAAUAAUCAAAAUUUUGGAGGCAAUAAUCAAAUUCCUGAAAGCAAUAAUUUCAAUCAUCAAAACAACCAGAUCCUUUACGGAAAUAAUUACACCAACCAAAACUUGGGCUGCAAUAAUCCCAUUCAUCAAAACUGUGAUAAUUUCAAUCCAAAUUAUGGCCAAAACUCAACCUACGACGAUAUAUUUGACCAGAAACUAACCACCAUUGCUACUACUAUGAACGGUAAUAAUCCGAAUAAUCCAUUUAUUGUCGGAGAACAUUUCUAUCAAAAUGACUAUUGCAAUUGUAAUCAAAAUGUCACCAUUGAUCAAAACAGCAAUAAGAAACUACUUGUUUUCAUGGCAUAUCAAAUUCAAAGUCUUCAAAAUACCAUAAAUCAAUUGUUAUAUAACAUUAGCAACAAUAAUAGAUAA